AUGAUGCCUUCGCCACCUUCCUUCGCACUCGCCGCAGCCGCGGCGCUCCCACUCAUCACAAUCGCCCUCCCCGCUGUAUCGGCAGACCGUCAGCGCCAGGCCGUUGCCUUACCCACGGGAUCGUGGGCUGGAAUCGAUGGAAACUGGUCAACCACCGAGCUCGCCAUCGGAUCGGAACACCAGACUGUCGAUGUCCUCGUGAGCACAGCCUUGUCUGAGCUCUGGGUCGUCGGCCCCGGAGGAUGCACUGCCAACGAGCCCCGAUGCGCAUCCCACCGCGGAAGUCUCUUCGACCCCUCGAGAUCGAGUCGCUGGGAGGCCCUGGGCAUCUGGCAGCUCUCGCUACAGUACCUGGGCAUCAAGGCCAACGGCGAGUACGGAAUGGACACCGUCUACAUCGACAGCGAUGCUCUGGAUGGCGGGGAAUUGGCAUUGGAGAAUACGCUCACGGCCGUCAUCAACACGACGAAUCCCUACCUGGGGCUGUUCGGUCUCGGCAUCAACCAGGCAAGCUUCGACUCAGAUGUCAUCACGACGCCCCUGAUCUCGGCUGUCCAAGAAUCAAAACUCAUCCCCAGCUACAGUUAUGGCUUCACGGCCGGUGCACACUACCGUAACAUCCCGGCGUCCGUUACCCUGGGCGGCUACGAUUCGGCAAGAUUCGUCGACCACAACGUAGAUUUUGCCACAACCGUCGACGACAACCUGGCGCGCACCUUGGUCCGAGCCAUCGAGGUCCAGAAGGCUUCCGACGACUCGGACUCAAGCACAACCAUCUCGCACUUUAACAGUUCCUUUACCGCCCUGAUUGACACCUCAACACCCUUCCUCUGGUUUCCCGAUUCCGUCUGCGAGAGCUUCUCCGACGCCUUGGGCCUGACCUGGAACGAGACGCUCGACGUCUAUACCAUCACCGACGACCAGUACCAAGAGUACAUGAAGCCCGACUCAUACAACUUCACCUUCACCCUAUCCGACGCCAACAACUACGACACCCUGGGCAACGCGUUGGAGACAUCUGGCGUUGUAGUCAACAUCACCGUCCCCAUCAGGGCCUUCGUCAGCACCCUCCAGUACCCGUACAAGGACGAGAUCAUCAAGUAUGGAGACCCGGCUAUUCCGUACUUUGUACUGCGGAAGUCUGGGCGGGACUCGACCAUUGCCAUCGGCCGAUCCUUCUUCCAAGAAGCGUACAUGCUCACCAAGUACACCGAGGCCACCUUCUCCAUCCACCAGGCACGAUUUCCCGAUGACCCGAUUGGAGAUGCCGACAUCGUCACCAUAGACGACGGGUUCUACAGCGACUCGUCCGGCUCCGACAAGAAGCUGAGCGGCGGCGUCAUCGGGGGAAUCGUCGUCGGCGCCUUCUCGGGCCUGGCUCUGCUCCUCACACCAGCGUGGUGGUUCUGGCGCCGUCGUCGCCGCCAGCAAAAACAGGCGGCAGUCGACGCCGCCGGUGGUGACGAAGCCGCCUCGAGCGGCGAGGACAAGAAGUCGGUCCUCUCGAACAAGGCGCGCAGCUCCCCGGUAGGCCGUGUCCUCGGCAUAUUCAGUCGGCGUCUGCGGCCGUCGGCGGCAGACGACAUUCGGGAGGAGAAGAGCAUCCCUGAGGCGCCAGAGCACCACCAGAUAUACGAGAUGCCAGCCCCCUUGCCGCCCGUGGAACUCGAUGCCAGCGGCAUACACAACGACGUGCCCGAAGACGACGACGGCACCGCCCUCGGGCUCGACGACCCGCACCAGCAACAGCAGAGUACCUAUGAGCGCGCCCGCAUCAGAUUGGACAGGCAACUGGCCGGCCCUGUACCAGAGUACUCGCCCCCCCAGGACGGGACAAGCGUGCUCAUCGAGAAGGACGGGGCCGGUAUGGAACGGUCCGACUCCCACACCCGACAGCAGCUUUCCCACUCGUCCACCAUGGGAUCUACCAUUUCUUCCAUCGCCCCGAGCGACGACCGGUGGGCCUCGCAAGGGAACACGACCUCUUCAUCGGGAUACGUACAGUCUGAGCCGUCGAGCGGGGCCACACUUGCCACCCCCACGGUCGCAUUGGAUCUGCCCGUGCCGUCCCAGAUGCAGAAGCAACCGAUCGAUACGUCAAAAGUGAUCAAGGAGACCGCCGACGAUCAUCCGUCAAUACCCUAG